GGGAACACUGAAUAAUAAAGAAAAUUUGAGUAAAGUGGAUUCCUGUUUUGGCGUGCGGCCUGGAGACAUCUACAGGGCGUGAGCGGAGGGAUCUCACUCUAUAUAAGAGAGUCGGCUCCGUCACCGGAUCCUCUCUCGCCUCCGCGCUUCCAAGAUGACCAAGAAAAGAAGGAACAACGGUCGUGCCAAAAAGGGCCGCGGCCACGUGCAGCCUAUUCGCUGCACCAACUGUGCCCGAUGCGUGCCGAAGGAUAAGGCCAUUAAGAAGUUCGUCAUUCGGAACAUCGUAGAGGCCGCAGCCGUCAGGGACAUUUCUGAAGCGAGUGUUUUCGACGCCUAUGUGCUUCCCAAGCUGUAUGUGAAACUACAUUACUGCGUGAGUUGUGCCAUUCACAGCAAGGUAGUCAGGAAUCGCUCUCGGGAAGCCCGGAAGGACCGAACACCUCCACCCCGAUUUAGACCUGCGGGUGCUGCCCCACGUCCUCCACCAAAGCCCAUGUAAGGAUCCAAGUCUUUAAAGACCGAAGAAAUAUUGGUUUCUCUGAAAAGACAAUAAAAUGGAAAUUAUACUUUA